UAGGUGAACGGUUGGACUGGGUGAUCUUUUAGGUCUUUUCCAACCUUAGUGAUUCUAUGAUUCUAUGAUUCAAGCAGACGUUAUUCCUCCUCUGAAAUUGCCUGCACCUUGCAGAGCUUGUACCAGAACCCUUGGGGUCCUGGCAGCUUCCCAGGGGGGGAUGGAUGAAAGUGAGCUGCAGGAGAAACAUUCUCUUCCACGGCCUGAUGUCUUCCAGUUCCUGUAUAUGGCCUAAGUUCUUGCUUCUCUAGCAGCCCUGCAGAGCUGUCGUGCUCAGUAUCUAUAGAGCUGGUAUCAAGUGUGACAAGGGCUCGGCCUCAGCUGGAUCCCCCCUUUGCAAGUCUUAACGAUGCAGAAUUAACUCUUGCUUUUUCUUGCAGGAGGCAGUGGCAGGAGCUGCAGUUCUUGGCACUUUGGCCACCCCUGGGCUCGUGUCCCCUGCACUGACCCUUGCACAGCCACUGGGAGCGUUGCCACAGGCUGUGAUGGCAGCACAGGCACCGGGAGUCAUUACAGGUGUUACUCCUGCCCGCCCUCCCAUUCCCGUCACCAUUCCCCAGGUGGGAGUUGUGAAUCCCAUCCUGGCCAGUCCUCCGGCUCUGGGCCUGAUGGAGGUCAAGAAGGAGAAGGAAGAGGAGGAGGUGUUCCAGGAAUCGGAGAGGCCGGAGAUGCUGAGUGAGCAGGAGCACAUGAGCAUAUCUGGCAGCAGUGCCCGUCACAUGGUGAUGCAGAAGCUGCUUCGCAAACAGGAGGUGGGUGCAGCACGGCUGCCCUGAGCUGCUGUCAGCAAGUUGGGCAGCUGGGUUUGUGCUAGAAUAUCCAAAGCUGGCUCUGCAGCUUUGUAUGUGACACUGGCUUCCUGCAGCACUCGUACAGGUUGCUCCUCUUAGCUCGUGUGGGACCACAAAGGCUGCGUACUCAUCUUCUCUUUCUGCCUUUGGGAAGUUCUCUGGGUUUCUCUGGGAGUGCUGGCCGCUCACCAGGCCAGGAGAGGCUUGGCUAGGAGGCCUUUCUGAUUAAACCCUGUUUGCCCAGCAUCAUUACAAGGCCAUGGAGUUUGUUUUGCCUUGUAAUUAAGGAAGUGAGACUGGCACGCUGUGACAGAGGCAAAAUCUGUUCCAGGUUACUGAGUCCACCUUUUCCCUACAGUGUUCUACUUAGAAUGAAACCAUGAGGUGUUUGUAGAAUGAAAUUCCACCAAAGGUACAAUGGGAGAGAACAAGUUUGAAUGGCAGAAAAGGCCUGCAGAGGAGAAAAAUAGCUUGUAGAUUGUUGGGUCUGGAACACAGGCUGUGCUGGAUCUCAUCAGGUUUCUUGCUUGUGCGUGAGCACUGCUUGGUUCCUGUGCAUGACGGAGGCAUGCAGGUUUCCCAGGCUUUGACACUGAACAGACAGUGCUUCUUCUCUGUAUGCAGAACAGGGAUGAUGCUUCCUCUGGCUUCACGAGGGAGAACAGAUGAGUUUGCUCGUGUGUGAUCUUUAUUUCUCAAAAUAAUUAGAGAUGUCCUGAACCUUCUGAUUUAACAGGUAGCUUUUCUCUGGCAGAUGCCUUUCCCAACUAAUUCAUUUGGCAUACUUGAAACAGCAUUUAGUAGGAUCAGAGAAGAGUCUUCAAACUGCCCCAUUCUCAGAGAUGUUUUGCGUUCUUCAACCCAAACAUGCCCUCCAGAUUUUGCUGUGUUGAAGAGGCAGUUGGGCAGACGUGCGUAAAAGAACUGCAGCCAGUGUUUCUUACUUACACUGAUCCCAAAACACUGUGGCCACCAGGCUGUGACAUCAGGCAGAGCCAGUGGUGGGAGGAAGGCAUGUGGUGGAGCCAGGUCUGAUGCACAGAGCCGUGCAGAGGCUGUUAGAGGUGUUGCAGUCUCCAUCCUUGUGGAUGCUCAGAAGCCACGUGGGCUCGGCCCUUCCUGAGGGCUGGGUUUGACUGGAGACCUCUGGUUUUCCCUCUUAACAUCCACAGGGAGGAAUUUUGUAGGAGAGGGGCUUAACGGAGGGAUAUCACAGCAUCACAGGGUUGGAAGGG